AUGGAAGCACUACUCUCCCUCUCCUUCGAUAACCUCUCCUCCUACGACCAGGGAAAGAUCCGCAAGGGACUACGCCAAAUCGAUGGUCUCCUCGCAGAGGUCUGCCUUUCGUCGGCCUCGCCGAAAUCCGCUGCUGAGAAGCGUCGUUCUGUUAUCGAUCCGGGCAAAGAACCACCGCCAUUGAAAAAGCUGGGUGAGCUGGGUAGCGAUCCGGCUUUCAGAGAAUUCUUCAAGCUGCAGGAUGGUUUUGAGUGGAAUGUGGCUACGCGAUUGAUCAAUUGUUUGGACAGGUUGUUGGGCAAGUCGAACGAUGGACAGAAUGAUCUAUUGAUUAUCCAGACGCUCGACCUGCUCCAGGGAAUUAUGCUAUUACAUCCGCCAUCGCGGAAUCUAUUCUCGACAGAAUCGCAUAUGAAUCAACUCCUCGAUCUCCUAGAACCAAUGUGGUGUCCAGCAAUCCAGUCUACAACAAUCAUCACCCUCGUCUGCGCCCUCGUUGAUACCCCUCAAAAUACCCGGACAUUUGAAAACCUCGAAGGUCUACUUGCAAUUACAUCAGCCUUCAAAUCGCGCGAGACCACGCGAGAAGUCAAGAUGAAGCUUGUCGAAUUCCUAUACUUCUACCUCAUGCCCGAAACACCCUCUAUACCCUCGGCAAACGGUACCCUAUCCGUUCCCUCCAUGCUGCAGCGAAGUCCAAGUAAGCUGGCCGGAGCUUUUGGCCGACUGGACACUGCUGCAAGGAAGCGUGCAGAUAGUGAGAGUGGAAAUACGAAGAGUACGGCGGAGAAACAAGAGCUUCUGGGCAGGUUUUUGGAUGGUGUGAAUGACCUGGUAGCGGAUUUGCAAGAAGGACAUGCAUUUGGAGGUGAAGUGUAA